UAACUAAAUGUGUCAUGGAGGCUUUCAAACCACAGAUGUGGUGAGUAACAUAAGGUUCACAAUUUUGAAAUGUAAAACAAGUUACAAUUUUUAACAGAAACCCCAUUAUAGAUACAAAGCUAACAUUAUUUAGCACUUUCUAUGUUGAGCACCAUUCCAAUACAUAUGUUAACUAAUUCAGUCUUCACAUCAAUCCUCAUACAACCUAUAAGUUGUGUACUAGUAUUUAUCCCUGUUUCCUGGUGAGAAACCAACAGAGAGAGAGUUUAAGUUGUUUGCCCAAGGUAACAGCUAGUAAGUGGCAGAACCUGGCUUUGAGUAGAGGCUAUCUGGCUCUAGAACCCACGGUUUUAACUAUUCACAAUGCUGCUUUAUAAUAUUGUUAAUAAUCAUUAUGUUCUGAAAGGUUACAUAUCUACUACAGGAACAUGCAUUUGAUAUGUUUCCUUAGGCCUAACACUAAGUUAAUAUCAUGACAAUCUGUCUUGGCUAUGAUUUUCUAAUGUUGUUUUAGUAUGAUUUACAUUUGCAAUUUUUAUUAUCUGUUUUUUAUAUUAUAUCCCCAGUUUAACAAACAAAAAGGUCAGUGACUUGAAAGUGGUUUAUUAAAAUAUAAAAGAAGAGAUGAAAAUAGUAAAUACUAUUAUUCAGAAUAAUAUAAUUGUAAAUAGUGAACAGGAUUCCAGGGCAAAUAGAGAACAUGAGUCUCUAGGGCUGGGAUAAGGUGAGUCUAUGAAUGUAAUUUUUCUGAACAAGCAGCUGAAACAGAUAACGGAAAUUAGCAAAUACAAGAAAUAUAAGAAACUUGGAUUUUAACUGGUGAGCCAUUCUAAGUCUCCCAUUUAUUGUCUUUUCUGAACCCUUUCAAACAAUAACUUAAAGCCAUUAAAGUUAUAUUAUUUUCAGACAAAGCAGAGUAACUUUUGGGAAAGGAAAGACAUUUUUCAAGAAAAAGUAGGCGUCCUUGUCAGGGUGGGCAGCGCCGCCGCGGCGGGCCUGGGGCUUGGGGCCUGGAGCCUCGGCCUGGGGCGCUGGCGGGCGGCCCCUCCCAGCACCUGGCGCACCCCUGCCCGGCCGUCCACUGCCUUGAAGGUCAAGUCACUUCUUUCUGCGCCGCGGGCGUGUUCUGCGCUGCAGGCGGCUUCCUCGGCGGCAGCCCAGCGGAGGAGGCGUAGAGGGCGGCGAGUGGGGGCCAGCAGCUCAAAUCUCCCGCUAGCCCAGCCAGCCCCGCGUACCCCGAGGGCCGCGGCGAACCCGGAGGAGCGUUCAGGCUUCCCGUUUUUAAGGUGGAGACGUCCAGGACCUCUUUAUUAGAUGUUUAGGAAUUUUAGUUUUUCCGUAGGGCGAUGGUCAUCGUGAGCAUCUGUGGGGUCAGGCUGGGCUAACUGGGGUUUUGAUUGUAAGUUUCGUGUGGACAAGGGCAUGUCUGAUGGGGAAGAAAGUCCUUGGCAUUGCAUCUUAGCUGUUGGGAGCUGUGCCGUGCGAGCCAGAUGGGCAGUGUGUGCUCCCCAAGGACUGGCCUGAGUGCCUUAGCCUAGUUACUCACGGGACUUGGUUUACCAGACAAGGGGAUAAAAACAUUCAGAUGGCAGAUAACAGUUUUUCAGAUGGGGUUCCUUCAGAUUUCGUGGAAGCUGCUAAAAAUGCAAGUAAGACGGAAAAGCUCACGGAUCAGGUGAUGCAGAAUCCUGGAGUUUUGGCAGCUUUACAGGAGCGACUUGACAAUGCCCCUCACACCCCUUCCAGCUACAUCGAAACUUUACCUAAAGCAGUAAAAAGAAGAAUUAAUGCAUUGAAACAAAUUCAGGUGAGAUGCGCUCAUAUAGAAGCCAAGUUCUACGAAGAAGUUCAUGACUUGAAAAGAAAAUAUGCAGCAUUAUACCAGCCUCUCUUUGACAAGAGAAGAGAAUUUAUCACCGGUGAUGUUGAACCAACAUCUGAUACGGAAUCAGAAUGGCACAGUGAAAAUGAAGAGGAGGAGAAAUUGGCUGGAGACAUGAAAAAUAAAGUAGUCAUAACAGAAAAAGUAGCGACAACAGCUGAAGAGCCAAAUCCCAAAGGAAUUCCAGAGUUCUGGUUUACCAUCUUUAGAAAUGUAGAUAUGCUAAGUGAAUUAGUCCAGAAAUAUGAUGAACCAAUCUUGAAACACCUGCAGGAUAUUAAAGUGAAGUUUUCUGACCCUGGACAGCCUAUGUCUUUCAUAUUAGAGUUCCACUUUGAACCCAACGACUACUUUGCCAACUCAGUCCUGACAAAAACCUGCAAGAUGAAAUCAGAACCAGAUAAGGCUGAUCCCUUUUCAUUUGCAGGUCCUGAGAUCAUGGACUGUGAUGGGUGUACUAUUGACUGGAAGAAAGGAAAGAAUGUUACUGUCAAAACCAUCAAGAAAAAGCAGAAGCAUAAGGGUCCAGGCGCUGUUAGAACAAUUACCAAGCAAGUAUCCAUUGAGUCAUUUUUCAACUUCUUCAAUCCACUGAAAGCAUCUGGGGAUAGAGAAUCACUGGAUAAAGAUUCUGAAUUCGUAUUAGCCUCUGAUUUUGAAACUGGACACUUUUUCCGUGAGCGGAUAGUCCCACAGGCUGUGCUGUACUUCGCUAGGGAGGCCUUAGAGGAUGAUGACAAUUUUGACGAAGGUGAAGAAGAAGAGGACGAAUUAGAAGGUGACGAGGAGGGAGAAGAUGAGGAUGAGGUGGAAAUUAAUCCCAACAAGGAACCCAGCCAGCUGGCGGAAUGCAAGCAGCAGUAGGAAGUGGAGGUGGGCGCCUGGCAGACCGGCUGUCGCGACUCCAGGCCUGUGGGGGGAGGCCUCAGUCUUUGCCGCAUGUGGCACAAUCCCGUCGACAGCGCUUACUCCAUCUAAUCGUUUUCAAGUGCAUGAUUUUCACUUUCACUUUUCCUUUUUCCUUAUUAUUUUGCUUAACAUGUACAGUGGCAACUGAAAUGCAUUUCAAAAAUAGGAGGUUUUGUCCAAUACCCUCUGCAGCCUUGGCACCUGUAGCUCUGGACUUGCCUGGGCCUUUCCCUGUGGGAGGGCCCCAUAGACCCCAUUGGGGUGGGGAUCACUUGGCUAAAAGGGCCGAGGUCUGGUGAUGAGGUUCCAGGGAUCUAGAACCUCUCCUACCACUACUGCAGUUGGACUGAAUUCUUUCCUUUCAUUUGAAGAAACCCACUCGCUGUUUUCAGCUGCUUAAUCUGCUGAGUGUGAAGCCUGCGUCACCUGCUGUAUGCUAAUCAUCUCAGAAGGGGUGUGUAGAGUAGGGCCGUGUUCUCCUUAGGAUGUUGCUUUUUGAUCUUCUUUUUUUAGGGUUGGGUCAGGGUUGUGGCACACCAGCUCAGGCGAGAGCUGCCACAGGUCACCUCAUAUUUAUUUAUCCCUUCUUGCCUGUGAGGACUGCGGCCUUUUGCUGUCGCUUGUCCUUGCCAUUUCUGAACCACCCUGGUGACCUGAGCAGGAAAAUGUGCCGCUUCCUAGCAGGAGCAAGGGCUGCGCGGAAGAAACACUGCUUCCUGCCACCAGGGCUGAAGACGCGAGCCUGUCCUCGUGACACAGGCACCGCCCUGCUGCCGGAGUUGGGAUUCCGCGGUGUUCUCCAGUGAGGGGCUGGGCUGGGAAGUCCUGCAUUUCAUUUGAGCAUAUGAGCGUCAAGUCCUGCUUUCUCAGUAGUCCCAUUGCUGGGCCCCACCAUUCAUCCUGUCUGAAGGUCCUGGUUGGUGUGACCAGUUGGUGGCUGGUGAGUGGGGUUUCCAAGUGGGUGACAGCGCUCUGUGGCAGGCGGGGAUGGCCGUGUCCACGCUGACCAGGCCUGUAGAGAGUGCUCAGCCUAACCUUAGAACAUAUUUAUAACUGAAUACAGUGUUUUCAAUUUGUACAUAAUAGUUAGAAUAUUCUAUUAAAGUUAUGAAACAUGGAGAAAAAAAAAGAAAAAGUGCAAAUGAGUCCCAAUUUAUAACUGAUAGAUUUGAUUUUUGAAGACAGAGAAAAGAUCAAACCCACAGAGGUGUCACUCAAAGGAGCACUGUUUGUACAAGUCACACAAUUGCAAGAAGUUUUUAAAAUGAGCUGCAAAGUUAAAAUAGUUAAGCUUGAAGCAAACAUUCCUUUAUUAAUUCCACCUUUUGAGAGUUACAUAAUACCCAAGGCAUACGAUAUGGAAAUGCAAUUUGUUGUAAAAGCAGAUAGUUGCUUUAUAAUGGGAACAACAAAAAAUAAAACCAGUGUGCUUUUGCCUUUUGGUACAUGUGUGCUGCAUCUAACUGACAAGGAGGAAGAAGAUGACCACAUAUAGACAGAGCAAGCAAGUUGAAAUCUUGAAAAGUUUUAAGUGUUCCAAGAGACAAAAUACUUGAAGGAAAUAAUUUCUGAGUAAGAUCCCUCUAUAGAAUUACAUGGAAUAUUUUAGGGGAUUUUUAAAGGUUUUGCCCUUGCACCAGUUUUAACUUUAUGUUUGCCAUUAGAAUUUGAAGACACAAAGUAAAAUUACUCUUACUGAAAGUAAGAUUACUUUCCCUGUAGAUAGUCUGGUAAAAGAUCAUAAGAGGAAUAAUAUUCCUCUUAUGGAUUUGAAAUAAGUACUAUUAAUUUGAAAAAAUUCUUUUAAUUAUUAAAUAAUGGUGAUUUAUCCUUCUUUUACAUUUUCUUCCAAAUUGAUAGUUCACAUAUAUACAAUAGAUUUUGAAAGUUUGAGGGAUGUUGCUUGAUAGGUCUUAGGUUUAAAUCCUGGAGUAGUGUUGACAUCUGAGACAUACAUCUGGGCUUCUGACCCUGGUUUCUGUUAACCAAAUAUUGGAGGACCUUCUCCUUUUAAAAUGCAAACCGUGAGCUGAACUUAAUGAUCUUAAUGAUUCUUUUGAACAGUAACAGUCUAGGAUCUUUUUUUUUUCCUGAGAUGAUUUUUGAAUGCUUUUGUGUGGAACCACAUGCAUCAUAAUAGAUACAAAUCCAUGGAAGUAUAACAGUUAAAUACUAGAUCUUACUUUUUCAGGUUUUGAUUUCUCAUCUAAACUUUCCAAUGCUUUAUCAGUGAAGCAAAGUAACUCACAUUGACUAGCCUGCUCUCCUUUAGCAAACCCUUCAGAUAAAUGCCUCAUUUGCUCCUCACCACUAUCAUUUUAGAUUGGCCAGACAGUUGUUACUUACCUUUUAAGAAUGAGGAGACAGGUAGCCGGGUGCGGUGGCUCACACCUGUAAUCCCAACACUUUGGGAGGCUGAGGCGGGUGGAUCACGAGGUCAGGAGAUCAAGACCAUCCUGGCUAACGUGGUGAAACCCCGUCUCUACUAAAAAUACAAAAAAUUAGUCGGGCGUGUUGGUGGGCACCUGUAGUCCCAGCUACUCGGGAGGCUGAGGCAGGAGAAUGGCGUGAACCCGGGAGGCGGAGCUGGCAGUGAGCCGAGACCGCGCCACUGCACUCCAGCCUGGGUGACAGAGUGAGACUCUGUCUCAAAAAACAAAAAAAGAAUGAGGAGACAGGGUCAACCAGGUGGGGUGACUUGCCAAGGAUCACCUAAGUAUUGGAGAUAGAAUUAAAAUUUAGGUCUUUGAAUUCCAGAAUGUUUUUGUAUGAUACCAUCCUGACUCUCUAUACGUUUCAAAAUAAAUCAAAUUUUAAAGUUUUAUUUGAUUUAUUCAUAUGAAUGAGCUAGAGAAACCCAUACCAUAUAGAUAUACAUAGUAGAUAUUGGUCAAAUGUAACUUAAUUUUUUACCUCAUUAUCUCAUGUUUCUUGUAACAUUUUGUCUAGUAGGACCUUUUUGUGGUUUGUGGUCAUUUUAGUCAUGACAUCUACUGUCAUACCAUCACUGCAACCCAGAAAUGGGGUGAUGGGGUUACUAACUAGUUAAACACAAUCUAAAGGAGAAUUUUAGAGACAGUUAAGAUUGAGGACAGAGUUCUUGUCCACCUCGUAUUGUAUUGGGGGAAUGAACUAAUACUUACUGAAGGCCUGCUCCACAACAAACUCCUGUAAAUGAUUUACAUAAAUGUGUCACAUUUAAUCCACACAACAACCCAGUGGUGUGGGUAUUUAUAAAGGAGGAAUCUGAGGCACAGUGAGGUUAAAUAACUUGACCAAAUAUACACAUUUAUUAAGAGCAAAGCCAGGAUUUGACAUCCAGCUCCAUCUGAACUCAAAGCACUGUGUCUUCCCCACUGUAUUGGGAAGUAAAAGUAAGAAGAUGACUCAGAGAUGGAGAGUUAUAAUCUGGAAUUUGGAAUUUACUUCCAUUGGUAAGCCAUUUGAAAAUUGCAGCUCCAGGGCAUUGGGAGAUGGAAAGAAAGCUAGUGAGCAAUUAUUUCUUGCCUUUGUGUCAUGCUCCUACAUUUUGCUCCUCCUUAUCUCCUUAUCUGCGGUCAGAGUAGAUAGCAUGGAGGUUAUAUGCCCAUGCUACAGAUGUUCAGAGACCUCAAGGUCAGAAAGCUGGUUUAUGGCAGCACGUGAAUAUAGACAGACUUAUACAGAUUAGAAAAUUGAGAAGUUGAAGGCAGGAGAAAAUUCUGGAUAGAAGAGAACAUGGGAUUUGGAGUGAGAAAACCUGGGUCCUAGACCUGAUUUCAUUGCUUACUGGCAGUGUGAGUGUGGGGGAUAAUACUACUUACUUUACAAGGGCUGAGGAAAUUAAAUAAAAUAGCAUGUGGGAAAGAGUAUUGAUGGUUAGUCAGACACUAUAAAACUGCUAGUUGUUAUGCAGGAUACGGGAAGAGUUUCAAGAGAGGACAUUUGGUAUAACAUUAUAUACAGCCAAUGGUUUAAGGAGGACAAUGUAGAAGAGGUUGUGGAUUUGGCACUUAGGAGGUCAUUGGUGACAGACCUUGUGAAUAGAUGAGGGUAGGAACCAGAUUCCUGGGCUUUAAGUAAGAAGAGGGGUAGUCCAAUAGGCCAGUUAUAUAUUUGGCUGUGAAAGAGGAAAGUAAAAUCUGAGUACCUUUGAGAGUCAAAGGUUAUUUCCAGGUAAAGAAAACCAGUGGACUUCACCAUUCUCUUUUAGAUAACUGCUGGGAAGAAGUAGGAUGAUUGUAACACCCUCCACAUUGACACAGAACUCUAAAUGGGAGCCUAGGGAAAGUGCACAUUUUUUGAAGGGGUAGGCAAGAGGAUAUUCUCUAGAGUACCAGUUUCCAACUGUUGUCCACAUUUGUGGACCAAGAACAUAAAAGAAACAUCGUUCAGCUCUGACCUGAAGUUAUGCAGAACAAACAUUGUUUUGAGUUCAACUAGAUGAUCUUUCUUUCAUAGCUGUGUGGACAUUAUGUUACCUGCAGGGAGUAAGUCACUGAAGGACCCUGAAGGUAGAGCCUCAAAAAAACACCCUUUGAUCUUACUCCUAAGAAAAAUAGGAGAAAUUGGAAAAAUUCAUCGUAGAAACACAAAAAUAUGCG